CGCCAUUGCAAAAGAAAAUUUUUGUAAACAAAUUAGAAUAAACACAGCCAUGAACUGUCAAAUGUUGACAAUAACUACUCAAAUGACAUAUUAUUAUUAAUUUAAAAUGUUUAUAAAAUUAUUAUUAGAUAUUAUGUUACAAAAAUAUUACAUUCACUUGAAAUAAAUUAUUUUAAUUUUAAUUUCUUAUCAAUUAAGUGUAACAAAAUGCCGUCUGAACAAGAAGCAACACUUCAAAGUGUAUGGAAACCAGAAUUAUAUCGGAUGCAAUUGGAGGCACCUACACCAAAAUCAGUACCAUGUACCGAAUUUAUUCCAGAUCAAUGUGAAACAUUAUUUGAAGGAUAUGAAUACCAUGGUCUUAUCACACACAUACAAGCUGUUCAAUUAUUGGACACGGAACCAGAGGGUGCAUAUUUGGUACGACGUAGUUCUUCGGCGAAUGGACAAUUUUAUACGUUAUCUUUAAAAUUUAACAAUAAAAUUCAUCAUUACAAAUUGUAUUAUGAAAAUGGCAAAGGAUUCUAUGUACGUGAAAAACGUUAUGAAACUGUUCGACAAUUGGUGGCCGAUGGUCUUGUAACAAUGUACCUAGAAUUAAAAGUACCAACAUUGUUACAACGUUUGGAUACCGCUGUCAAUUAUCAAGAAAGUCCAUACAUGACAUUAAAUAAACGUAAAUUGAAAAUUCUCUCUAAACAUUCCACGAAGGCAGCUAACAAGACAACAAUUACAACAUCACCAACAAAACGUGGUGACGGACAAAAUAAUCGUCCACCAAUAAUUAGUGUACCAACACCAGCUCCCACAAUUGGUGGUUUUCCAUAUGGAUCUGGUGGAGAAAUCACACCAACUGAACCAUUAGCUCUCUUUGAAAAACCACACGCAUUUCGUGUGAAUACAUUUAAAGGUUUGAAUUGGUGUGAAUUAUGUGGAAACUUUUUAUGGGGUUUUACACAACAGGGUGUUAAAUGUGAAGAUUGUGGUUUUAUUGCCCACGUAAAAUGUUCGAAUUCUGUACCAGCUGAUUGUGUACCAGACUUAAAAAAAUUACGUGGUGUAUUUGGUAUUGAUUUAACGAAUGUGUUGGCAUCACGUAAAGCUACGUUACCAUUUGUUAUUGUUAAAUGCGUUGCGGAAAUUGAAGCGCGUGGUUUAACGUGUGAGGGUAUUUAUCGUUUAUCUGGUUUUGCCGAUGAAAUUGAAGCAUUAAAAAUGGCAUUAGAUACAGAUGGUGAACAUGCUGAUUUAAGUGAAUCAUCAUACAGCAACAUAAAUGUAGUAGCCGGUGCAUUAAAAUUAUAUUUACGUUUGUUACCAGUUCCACUGAUAACAUUCUCUGCGCAUCCCUCAAUGAUACAAGCAACACGUCGUAAACAAUUACCCGAUCAAUUAAAUGGUAUACGUGAUUCUCUAACAUUAUUACCAACCGCACAUUAUCAUACGUUACAGUAUUUAUUAGAACAUUUACAACGUGUUUCACAACAUCAAGCCAUUAAUAAAAUGAGUGCACAUAAUUUGGCAACAGUGUUUGCACCAACGCUAAUUGGACCACCGCAUAUGGCUGCAACCGGUGAUAAUAUGGCAGCUUCACAAUAUAAUAAUGGACCACCAGAUAUCUCAUCGGAUAUUUUUUUAAUUGAAUUACUGAUUACACAUUGUAUGAAAAUAUUUCAGUAGUAUUCAGAAAAAAAGACGAAAUGUUUACCUAUAUAGCAUUGAUUUCGAUGAAAAUUUGGGAUUAAGCUUCGUUCACCUUCUAGAUUAAAAAGAAAAAGAAAAGUUAUAUGGUGCCUAACCACCCCUUCAAAGCGGUGGAAAAAUAUAUAUGUUGAAAAUGGUAACAGAAGGCAAUAUAACGAUGAAAUCUAAGCAAAAAGUUCCAUCUAAGUAUAUUUCGACUAAGUCAAUACUUUCUGAGUUAUUGGCGAUUGAAAUUCGGAAUAUUUAACGUUAAAUAACUGAAAAAUUUGACGUUUUUUGAAAUAAGUAUAUCAUAUGAAGUAAGUAGGAAGUUUUCGAAAUAUACUUAAAUGAUACUUUUUGCUUAGAUUUCAUCGCUCUAUUGACUUCCGUUGCCUUUUUCCACCGCUUCGAAGGGUUGGUUGCCACCUUCUAGGAAAAAGCAUAUAACUUUUGAUCUAGAUGGUGAACAAAGCUUAAUCCUAAAUUUGCUGGUCAAUCGGAGCAAUAGGAAAGAAUGUAGAAGGAGUUUAACGGUAUAUUUUCAGAUUCCAAUUAGACUAUGCGUACAAAUAAAAACGUACUACGAUUAAUUUAAUGAUCAAAUAUUAAUCAUGUGUGCUUCCCUCUUCUUUUUAAUUUCAUUACCGACUAAGAUUUCUUGUAACUUGUUUAAUUCACUCACAGAUUACAGACCAUUUCGAAACUUACAUUUUAUUUUAAAGAUAAUUCUAUACGUAAUGUGAAAAUU